AUGGUUGGAAAGCGUGCCAUCAACACCAAGGAACGGGAACAACCACGUCGAACGCACACCGGUAAUCGACGGCCUGUGAGCUCCGCGAGCCGGAACAGCGGACGAGAUGAUCUGGAGAGCGGACUGAGGAACAGACCUAAUGGAUUCGCCAAUGGCAACGCGAGUAGACACGAUGCGAGACCUCGUCCUGAUGCCGUCAAUCGCAAGCCUAAGCCUGAUGUCUGGAGGUUCAAAGAUGCGGCCAAGACCGCGCUGGAAGAUCGCAGGAGAGAAGAGUUGAAGAACACACUGCUGGAAAGCGUGGAUCGCAAUGAGCUGGAGCAGUUCAGAAAGUCGGAUGAGGAGCUGAAGGAGAUCAAGAAUAAGAAGGUCAGGAGGUUCUACGAAGAGCAGAAUGAUCGCUUGAACGAUUGGCUCGAGGUUGAUGCCAUUGUCAUGGCUGUUGCAGACGAUGUACUGGAAUCGAUGGAUCCGGACCCGGACAACGAUGGUGAUCAAGAGCGAGGCGGUGGCAUCCAAGCCGUGCAGGGAAAUAUUCACGAGCUGCUCCCCGAAGACGAGAAAGAAAAGCGGAACAAAGCAGAAAAGAGGGCAAAGAUCGCCAUCAACGUCAAUGUCGUCGCCAACAUCAUCCUCCUCAUCGGCAAGAUCGUCGCGGCCUUCAGCUCCGGCUCCCUUUCCCUCAUCGCAUCCCUGACCGACUCAGCGUUGGACCUCCUCUGCACCCUCAUCGUCUGGACCACCAACAAACUCGUGUCCUGGCGCCUCUCCUUCCUCAACAAGAAGUUCCCCGUCGGUCGCAAGCGCCUCGAGCCUCUCGGUAUUCUCGUCUUCAGCAUCAUCAUGGUCAUCUCUUUCGCGCAGAUUCUACAAGAGUCUGUCGAGAAAAUCAUGCCUCUCAAAGGGACGGCCGAGAAACUGCCAGCAAUCGCCAUUGGCGCCUUGGUAGCAACAGUCGUGGUCAAGGGUGUCAUCUGGUUUGGGUGUAUACCUAUCAAGACUACACAGGUGCAAGCACUGGCACAAGAUUGUAAGACGGAUGUAAUCUUCAACACGCUCUCCCUCCUGUUCCCGGUGAUUGGCUACUAUGCAGACGCGUGGUGGCUUGAUCCCGUCGGUGCUGGACUCCUCUCGCUCUUCAUCAUCUAUGAUUGGGGCGAGACCUGCUUUGAGAACGUUAUUCGCCUCUCGGGCCAGGCCGCCAACGAGAAGCUGCAGAAGAAGCUGAUGUAUCUGGCGUAUCGAUUCAGUCCCGUUGUUGAUGGAUUCAAGAGUGUCGUGGCCUACCACGCGGGCGAUGGCAUUUGGGUCGAGUAUGAUGUGCUGCUGCCUGCGGACACGAAGCUCUACCGCAGCCACGAUAUCGCAGAGACGCUGCAGUAUUGUUGUGAGGGCUUGGAUGAGGUGGAUAGAGCCUUUGUUACCAUGGAUUACAGCGUGACUGGACCAGUCGGUCACGCUGCUGAUGCCGAGAGAGCGUAA